GACGUUUAUAAAAGGCCCCAGCGGAGCCGAAAGCAUUCAGAGCAAGGGUGGCUCGGUUGAGGCUUUAAGUCCAAGACUUACUUCCCCAUCCCUCUGGGAGAAGGCAAGAAGCUCAUCAUGGCAGCGGCCGGUAUGUAUCUCUGGAGAGUUUGAUGAUCUGCCUUUGGAAUAGACACCAGAAUUGAGCGGCAUGGGAUUAGGGACAUCAAGAGCAAAUUAGGCCCACAACGCCCUCUCCAAGUGUCUCGAUUUUCCAGGGACUUUCCCAGAAUUACAAAGCCAUUCCAGGUUUGAUUUGAUCCCAGAAGAAAAAUAGAAGUACGGUAACUUCUUAAAAAAACAACAACUUCAAGGAAAGGCUCAGAAAAUAAAUAUCCCCCUGAUGUAGUUCAGAAGCGUCAACAAACCUAGGUUUAAACUUUAUAAUAGCAUUAAUUCUUCAGUAGUGUUGAUUCCUGCAUUGCAGAGGGUUGGACUAGAUAACCCGCAGGCCCCUUCCAACUCUGCAAUUCUGUGUCAUAGUAAAUGUAGACCAAAUGAGAGAUUCCGAGCCUUUAUUGCAUUAUUGGAAAAUACAUAUCAUGCUCCAUCCCAGUAUAUCCUAUUGAGGCUCUGUCCUAUAGUCAGUCUCAGACUCUCUCUUUCUGAGGAGAGCGGGUGGCGCUGUGGUCUAAACCACUGAGCCUCUUGGGCUUGCCAAUCAGAAGGUCGGGGGUUCGAAUCCCUGCAAUGGGGUGAGCUCCCAUUGCUCUGUCCCAUCUUCUGUCAACCUAGCAGUUCGAAAGCACUCUGGUGCAAGUAGAUAGAUAGGUACCACUGUGGUGGGAAGGUAAACAACAUUUCUGGGUGCUCUGCUUUCCGUCAUGGUGUCCCAUUGUGGCAGAAGCGGUUUAGUCCUGCUGGCCACAUGACCUGGAAAGCUGUCUGUGGAUAAAGGCCGGCUCCCUUGGCCUGAAAGCAAGAUGAGUGCCGCAACCCCAUAGUUGCCUUUGACUGGACUUAACCAUCCAAGGGUCCUUUACCUGAGAGCCAGUGUGGUGUAGUGGUUAAGAGCGGUAGUCUCAUAAUCUGGUGAACCGGGUUCGUGUCUCCGCUCCUCCGCAUGCAGCUGCUGGGUGACCUUGGGCUAGUCAUACUUAUUUGAAGUCUCUCAGCCCCACUCACCUCACAGAGUGUUUGUUGUGGGGGAGGAAGGGAAAGGAGAUUGUUGGCCGCUUUGAGACUCCUUAAAGGUAAAGGGACCCCUGACCAUUAGGUCCAGUCGUGACCGACUCUGGGGUUGGGUGCUCAUCUCGCUUUAUUGGCCAAGGGAGUCAGCGUACAGCUUCUGGGUCAUGUGACCAGCAUGACUAAGCCGCUUCUGGCAAACCAGAGCAGUGCACGGAAACGCCAUUUACCUUCCCACCGGAGUGGUACCUAUUUAUCUACUUGGACUUUGAUGUGCUUUCGAACUGCUAGGUUGGCAGGAGCAGGGACCGAACAACGGGAGCUCACCCCAUUGCGGGGAUUCGAACUGCCAACCUUCUGAUCAGCAAGUCCUAGGUUCUGUGGUUUAACCCACAGUGCCACCCGCGGGAUAUCAAAUCCAAACUCUUGUUCUUCUUCUUCUUCUCUCCUCUCUCUCGCUCCCUCCCUCUCUCCCUCCCCUAUCCUCCUGAGGGAGGGCACAUGCUGCAACUUGCAGGGGUAUAUAUCUGACAGGGGUUCCCAAGAGUUUUCCCCAACCCUAGCAAGCGUUGCACAGGAUUGAUCCUGGCCAAUGUUCACCCACUGAGCUACAGCUCUUUCCGUUUCUGUGAGAUAAGUAAACCAGUGCAGGCCUGCUGGAGAUGAAAGGGUUAUGCUCCCUCUCUCUGCUGUAUGUUUGAUCGUUAUCACCACGAAUAGACACAAGGGGAGACUUUGCACUCUGGGGCUUGCAAGGCAGAGAACAGGUGAGGACAAAUCAUUUCUCAGUCCUCGGAUGGGUUUGGUCGCACCUGUUCAGUGAUCGCUUGUAGGCUUUAUCCCGGAGAUCCAACCAUCACAUGGAAGUGGGAUAGACAGUCAGAAUCCCUCUCCCCUUUCCACCCGUUGGCUAUUCCCGGAAAACAGGGAUCAGGUGCCAAGUGUCCAUAUCAGCAGGCAUGUCAUAUUUAUUACGAAUCUGAGGUAAGCACUGGCUGUGUCCUUUCAAACCUUGUCAGAACACUCUUUCUCCUCAAGACGUAAUGGCUCCAUUCCUCUUUCUGCAACAGGUGAAGCAAACCCCAAACUGUCUUAGAAGAGAGAACAGCUCGGAAGCUUCUGAAUUUGAAAAUUCCUCCUGUCAGGCAAGUAACAAUAAUAAUAACAAUAAUUUAUUAUUUGUACCCCGCCCAUCUGGCUGGGUUUCCCCAGCCACUCUGGGCGGCUUCCAACAAAGAUUAAAAAUACAUCAAAAUGUCACACAUUAAAAACUUCCCUGAAAAGGGCUGCCUUCAGAUGUCUUCUAAAAGUCUGGUAGUUGUUUUUCUUUUUGACUUCUGGUGGGAGGGCGUUCCACAGGGCAGGCGCCACCACCGAGAAGGCCCUCUGCCUGGUUCCCUGUAGCUUUGCUUCUCGCAGUGAGGGAACUGCCAGAAGGCCCUCGGCGCUGGACCUCAGCGUCCAGGCAGAAUGAUGGGGGAGUCACAGAGGGUCACCUUCCCCACCCCUAGCGCUCUCGAGAAUUUUCUGGGCCACGAUUCCCAUCCUACCUAGCCAUUGGUGACGCUGCCUGGGGCUGAUGGGAGUUGCAGUCCAGUAAUGUAUGACGGUGACCGAAAUUCUCCUCCAAGGUGAUAGAAAUUCUGUCACAAUAACAGCUGGAUUUGGCAAGGGUGCAUAUCAUUUGUUUCCUUAUACCCUGCAGGAAACUCCAGGAUUUGCAGUCUUAGAAAAAGAGAGGAUUGUACUUUUGCAUCACUGUACAAUUUUGGGGGACUAAAUUUAAAGAAAAUGAGGGGAGAUGGUCCAAAGUAGUUGAGCUUUUUUUAGGGGAAAUUGCACGCAGCUUCCCCUCCACACCACUAUCCAUGUAUAGGACAAACCCAAUUUUUUUGACAUGGUUUCUGAGUCAAAAAUACAUGGGGAAAUACAAUAUUUAUUUUAAAGCCCUUCAGCGUUUUAGUGUGCUUUAGUCCUAAUUUUGUACGCAAUUUUGCUUAAUGUGUACAUUUACGCAAGCCGUUUCCCCCUAAAAGCGUGUGUUUCAUGUGCUACUUUCGUUUGCAUAACCAUUUUUAUACGCACUAUCCCUAAUGCAUUCAUUUAUGUGCACAUUACCGGCUUGGAGAAUUGCAUUGCAGCAUUCAGAGGACUGCAGAUAUUGAAGGAUAGAUGUGUUUCAGUUUAUGUUAUCGUUUCGAUAAGUGGAAAUUGGAGAUGAGAGUGCUGUUGCUCUCAGGUCCUGCUUGAACCCUGUGAGGACAGGAUUCUGAACAAGUCGGGCUUUAGGCCAGGACACACCCCACCCCCAGGAUUUUUUUAGGUCCUUAGGUUUAUUUGCCAUUUGUCAGUAACGCCAGAAGCCUAUGCAACAGUGCACACACGCAUCCUGGUGGCAGCCUUGGCAGCCGGCAACGUUUGUAUUUGCACACGUGUCUUUUAAUGGUUCAAGAAAUCGAAAAACACGUGCAGUUGGGGAGUGCUGCAGAAAAAGAAGCUCAGUUGCCGAACAGUUCCGAAUCUAUCACUGUUUAAUGUUUAAUGCCACUAAUAAAAGAUAAACAGUGACAGUACCUUAAGCGCAGCGUUUAGACCAGAGCAUCAGAUGUGGAAGUUAUCAGUCUAUUUUUCCCCCAUGGGUCUUCCCAUAUGGUGGUUAAAAAAAGAAGAAAGAUUUAAUGUCCUAUUGUGUUGCGUAGUGCUAUCUCCAAUCUGCCCUUGAAGCUGACCCAGAAACUCCAGUGGGUGCAGAAUGCCACGGCGAGGCGCCUUAUGGGGUCCUUACAGCAGGAUCACAUUCACCCAGUGCUUUCACCAACUGCACUGGCUCCCGGUGGAGUACAGGGUCAGGUUUAAGGUGCUGGUUUUGACCUUUAAAAGCCCUAUGCAGCCUAGGACCCUCGCACCUACGGGACCGCCUCUCCUGGUAUGCCAUGUGGCAGACCUUAAGGUCCACAAAUGACAACAUUUUGGAGGUCCCAGGUCGCAAGGUGGUUAGAUUGGUCUCAACUAGAGCCAGGGCCUUUUCAGAACUGGCCCCGACUUGGUGGAACGCUCUGUCACAAGAGACUAGGGCCUUGCGGGACUUGACAUCUUUCCGCAGGGCCUGCAAGACAGAGCUGUUCCGCCUGGCCUUUGGUUUGGACUCAGUCUGACCCUUAUGUUUCCCUCCCCUUAUGGUUUUGAUCUAUCAGCUACUUUUAAAAUGAGGCUGCAUUUUAAAUUGCAUUUUAACCUGUAUUUUAAAUUGGUGUCCCCCCCCCCAUUAUGCUUUUACUGUGAUUUUAUUGGUGUUAGUGGCCUUGAGCCCAGCUCUGGCCGGGGAGGGCGGGGUAUAAAUAAAAUUUAUUAUUAUUAUUAUUAUUAUUAUCUGAAGCCAACAAGAAUAUGGCAGGCAUUUUUAAUUACUUCUGACUACAGAACUUGCCAAUGAACUGGCUGACCUUGUGGUUUUGCGUUCCCCUUUCUGCAGGAUCUUCUUGGCGUCUCCUGCUGGAAGAUGUCCAAAGUGUUCUCCACCAGCCUCCGCUGUCGGUUGCCUGCCUUGCUGUUCCUCUUCCAGGGAGCUGUGCUGGUGAUCUUCGCCCUCUUUGUGACAUACGAUGAGCACACGGACGCCGCCAGCCAGCCUGCUGAUGCUGACCCAUCCGCCAACCAGGUCUACGCCAUCUUCCCCUUCUUCCAGGAUAUCCAGCUGAUGCUGUUGGUGGGGUUGGGCUUGCUGCUGGCUUUCAUGAAGGGCUACGGAGUCAGCGCCGUGGCCUGCAACUUCCUGCUGGCCAACUUCUCCACCCAGUGGGCCCUGGUCGUCCAGGGCUUCGUACACUACGGCCAACAUGGGAGAGUCCACCUCGGCCUCUACAACAUCCUCACGGCCGAGUUUGCAGCCGUGACGGUCCUCAUCUCUGCUGGGGCCAUCCUGGGUCGAACAAGCCCCAUCCAGCUUCUUCUCAUGAGCUUGUGCGAAAUCCCUCUCUAUGUGGCCUGCGAGUGGCUCAUCGUGAGUUAUUUCCAGGCAGUGGAUGUCGGAGGAACCAUAACCCUCCACGUCUUUGCUUGCUAUUUUGGGCUGGGCACUUCCAUUGCUCUCUACAGGCCGGGAUUGCAGCUGGGGCAUCCAAUGGAGACUCCAUCUUACAUCUCUGACCUUCUGUCCUUGGUGGGGACCAUGUUUCUUUGGGUGUUCUGGCCCAGUUUCGUGGCUGUCCUCGCCCACCAAGGAGAUGCCCAGCACAGGGCUGUGCUUCACACGUGGCUUACUCUCAGUGCCAGCGCCCUGACCUCCUUUGCCACCUCCAGCCUCCUGGAGAAGAAGGGGAAACUGAACCUGUGCCACCUGCAGAACGCCACGUUGGCCGGAGGUGUGGCCAUUGGCGCAGUAGCAGACAUGGUCAUUUCACCAGCUGGGGCAUUUGCCCUGGGCAUUGUUUCCUCGCUAGCCUGCAUCCUUGGGUUCAAGUACAUGUCACCGUUCUUCGCCACUAGAGUUCGCCUCCAGGACCAGUGUGGAAUCCACAACCUUCACGGCUUACCAGGCAUCAUUGGCGCCGUGGGCGGAAUCGUAGCCAUCUUGUUGGUGCCGGAUGAGGCCUACGGACCUCGUCUUCACCAGGUCUUCCCUCAGCGUGGCCUGCUGCCAUUGAACGUCACCCUGGAGACAACCUUGGUGGGGCAGAACGUGGGAAGAAGCGCCACGCAGCAAGCUCUCCACCAGGUUGCAGGUCUCGGUGUCUCUAUACUCGUAUCCCUUGUGGGUGGCUACUUCACUGGGUUGGUUUUGAAACUGCCUUUUUUAGCACAGCCGCCUGACCAAGUCUGCUUUGACGACGCUCUUUACUUCAAGAUCCAAGAGUCAACGGAGAACUCAAGUGUGGAACAGGCUAGAGGUGACCUCCUGGUGCCCCUGAAGGACAAAGCUUGAGGGUCUGUCUGCUUGUGCCUGCAAAGCAGAAAUAAAACAGUGGGGCAUCACUGAGUGGGAGAGUUACAUUUGUCAUGGUUUUCCUGGAGUGUCGUGCUGUUGGGGCUGGAAGAUUUGAAGUAGGACCGUGCUUCCUGCUUGGAGGCAGAUGGGACAAUUGACCCAAACACAGAGGUAGCUGUUGAAGUGAGGGCAGCAAAAAUUCAGCUAAGAAGCUCAAAUCAUAUAUAUGACUGACACCUUUCUUUGGAAAUUAAAUCACUGCCCGGACUUUAACAUUCAAAAACUUUACUUGCAGAAACUUAUUGUUGAAUUACAACUUAAUAUUUACAGUC